UUUCGGUGUUCAUGGUAUCUAUGUCGGUUGCCCUUCUGGUAUUCAUGUGCAUUCCUCCGAUGAUCAGAGAUAUGCAGCUCUUCUGGAGUGGCUACGUGGUCAACACGCCGGGUUGCAAGAUGCCCUCCUACGAUCCCUACCACUGGACCAUCUUGCUCGGCGCUCUACAGCCAGCGUACAAUUACGACAAUUACUGCGCCGAAAACAUGCGACCAAACGCGGUGCGCCAGGCUCUCGACGUAUUUACCUUGGACGAAACAGUGCUCAAGGGGCAUUACAACGUGUACGCGAACGAAACAGACUGCUACUACCAGGAGGUGCUUAGAAAUAUGACGGCUUUGAACGCGGACGCAGCGCGAGUGCUCGGACCUCGAGUGCGCGUCGUCUUCGGCAGGCCUCUGCGACAAGAGUACAUCCGGAUAUCUUGCGAAGCGAAGGGUAAGCACCUGUUCUCCGACUACUUCCUCGUUCCAGUCGAUAAGCGAGACGCCGGCGAAGCGCUUUCACGGGGGCAGCUCAAUGUUCUUAUCGUCGGAAUAGACGCGGUGUCACGGCUCAACUUUAACCGGCGAAUGUCCAGGACUCGCCGGUUUCUGGUCGACGAACGCGGCGCCUACGAGUUCCUCAUGUACAACAAGGUAGGCCUCAACUCGAUCCCAAACGUGAUCCCGCUGCUUUCGGGAAUGUCGGACAUGAACGUGAGCCACCUCUUCAAGAACCGUCACUAUGACAGUCUGCCGGCCAUCUGGAAAUGGUACAAGUCGCUCGGCUACGCGACGUUGUAUCUCGAAGAAAUGCCUAACUGGGCCACCUUUACGCGCACCAACGGCUUCAAAGAGGCGCCUACCGAUUACUACGCACAUCCGAUGAUGCUCCAAAUGUUUGAAAAUACCUCGGACUUCUACUUGUGCAUGGGUGGACGGCUGAAGACGAAGGAAGUGCUAAGGUACGUCGGUGACAUAGUGACGUUUCACAAGCAUCGGAGGCUGUUCGCUUUCGUGUGGCUGGCGGACAUGUCGCACGACAAGGUCGAGCAAGUGGCCUACAUGGACGCGCCGAUGGAGCAGUUCUUCAAGGACCUCUCGGCUGGCGGCGUCAUGGACAGUACAGCGGUGCUCUUCCUCAGCGAUCACGGCAUGCGACAGGGGACCUUCCGCAUGACAGAGAUAGGCCGACACGAAGACAAUACACCCUUCGGUCUUUGGGUCUUCCCCCGCCGCUUCCUGAGCGAACACCCCGAAGUCUCUGUGUCGCUGGAGGUCAACCAGCGCCGCCUGGUGACCACGUACGACUUCCACGCGACGCUUCUGAGUCUCCCCACUCUGCUAGGAUUAAGUGCGCACCCGACGACCAGGGGCUUAAGCCUGUUCAGGCCAGUGCCACCGGAAAGGACUUGCGAAGACGCCUUCAUACCGCAACCUUUCUGCGCCUGCGCCAGGUACGGAGAAGAAGCUCGACGACGCGUCAAUGAGCCAGUCCUUCGCGCUCUUCGCCAUCGCUUAUUUAAACGCUCUGGCGGAGCAGCACUUUCCUGGCAAGUGUGCCACGUGGCAUUUGGACAAAGUUGAUAGUGCAACUAUUGUCGGAGUCAACGUCACGGGCAAGGUGCUGAUCCGCGUCGCACUUAAGACACUGCCCGAAGCCCAUUUCGACGUCUACGGCAGCAUUCAGCGGCAGCGUUCAGCAGUAGCGUUCAACGGCAGCGUUGACAGCGGCGUUCGCCAGGCGAAUGCCGCUGUCAACGUGGAGCAGCACAUUGACAUAGUCGACCGCAUAGACAUUUACGUGAACAAGACUGCUUGCCUGGAGAAGAGUCGGUGGCAGAGGGUUUGCAACUGCAAAGAACAGGCGUGACCUCUGGUAUAUGGAGUCAACUUGUAGGUGACGUAGUGACGCCUGAAGACGGUAACAGUCAUGUGAAGUUUGCAUAAAAGUGU